AUGGAAAACGUAAGCCCAAAGGAUGGUACAGGACAAAACAAUGCUCGCAAGAGUCGCAGAGCAACCAGAUUUUCGAUGAUUUGGAGGAAACCUGAAGAAAAUAUAGAUGGAACUCAAGAAAAGAAAGAUCAUCAUCGUUUUUCAAUCUGGAACCAAAAACCCUUAAACGAAAAAAAAGCACUGAAUGCAAAGGGCUCAAGUGCUGAUGGAAAGAAUAAUGUUGAUAAAAUUGAUGUUUUCAAGGCUAGAAAUGAAGAUGAACAAAGUAUAUGUACAAACCAAUUAGAAGAUGAAAAAAACCAGAAAAAUAUAUUCCAAAAACUAGGAAGUGAUUUAUUCUUUAAAAGACCCAGUAAAGUGUUUGAAGAAAAGAAAGAAGAAGAAGAAGAAGAUGACGAGGCUGAGACUUGGGUAUAUACAAUAUUUAGAUUUUUCUUUCCAGACUCUGCACCACUAUUCUGGCAAUUCUUUCUAUUAUGCUCCUCUAUUGCAAUGUAUGUCAAUCAUUUAAUAGAUAAUGGUUUCUCAACAAGUACUGCUAAAUGUGCUACAGUUAUUUACUUUAUGGAUGUGGGCACUUUUUUGCUUAUGAUGGUUGUAAGAUUGAUAGUUUUCAGACUCCUUUUACCAUGGCUAUGCCCGGAAGGUAGAAUUUUUGCUGCUCUUUCUGGAACAGCAGAUCCUGAGCUUAUAUACUGUAUAUGGGCAGGCCAAAUUAGCUUACUUUGGAAGUUACAGUUAACAUUGAAUGAGGAAGGAACAGGAUAUAUUAUUCCUUUUCUAAAUGAUAACUCAACAAUUCCUCUAUUCUCAUUCUCCAUAAUUAUGAAGUCAAGAUUAAUAGUUUUGGUAUUUGCUAUUAGAAGACUUAUUCUUGCGUUUAUUAUGUUUUACUUUAUGCUAGACUUCAUUGGAUCCAUGUCAAAACUUUUGGUGGAAUUCCUACUUAAAUAUCGGUUCUUGAGAUUAAUCAACUGUAAUUGGACUAAACUACGUCCUCACAUUGUUGAGGGACUCAGGUUAAUGCCUAACCAGAAUAGUCGUUUCUUGUUAAGUAAGUUCUCUUCAAAAAAUCGUUCUAAAGAGAAGCAUAUGAAUAAGGGAGAUUCUAUUACCUUACCUUAUUUUUUGACAGAGGAGGGAAUUUCUCAAAUAAAGAAAAAAAAGUAUCAGAACUGGUUGGCAGUCCAAUUUGUGAAACAGUACUCAGCUCUCUUUUAUCUCGAUAAUCAGUUUGUUGAGGUUAGGAAUAAGAAAGAUGCAAGGAAAUAUGCGAAAUCCCUAUUUAAUGAUAUGGUAGAACACACAAACGAAAUACUACUUUUUAUGGGGAAGUGGAAGUACAAACAGAAAGAUAAAAGCGCCACGAAUAACUCUGAAGCUGAAUUUGACGGAAUGGAACGCAUGCAUGCAAAAGAAGCCGUCGAAAUUGGGAGUGCCUCAGGAGAACACAUUAUUACGAAUCUAACUUCAAUAGAAAUACCAUCAUCUGUCCCAAAUUCUUCCUCUCAAGCUUCAUCUUCAAGCGAAGGUGAGAGUGACUUUAUCCCAAAGAUUGGGAAACAAGAGAGUUUAAUUGACGAUAAGUCUGCAUGGGAUACCUCCAUAAAAAUCAAGAAUCCAACUAUAUAUGAAUCCAAAAUCAAUGAACCAGAGUUUAAGAGAGAAAAGAAAAUAGAAGGGAAAAAUGAUGAUGAGAAAAAUGAGGAAAAGAAAACUAGUAUUCUUCGUGCAGAGGAAUUUAAGACAGUUUUAGUCGAAGAAAAUGGAAGGCCUAUUCAACCUUCAGUGUUAAGUGGAGGAAAGCAAAACUCAGAUUUGAAAAAGAAAAAAACAUACAAUUCAUUUUUCCCAGCAACACCAUAUGGAGUGUUUAAUUACAAUGACUUUUGUUUGUUUGAGGAAGAAACCGAUCAACCUCUGAUAUUAAACAUUGAUGUUUUAAAGGUAUUGUAUGGAGAAAAUGUUGAAGCAUUUCUAAAGAAGAUAGAUCCAAUGGGAAGAAAAGAAUAUAAUGAGGAUGACUGGGUCAGGCUAUUAGUAACUACCUAUGAAACAAGGAAAAAGAUGAUUAACACAUUAGAAUCUCAAGAAGGAAUUGCAAAGGUAUUUAAACGCAUGGUCUCUAUAGUGCUUUGGUUUUUCUCAUUUCUAUUUAUUUUAAUUAUAUUGGGUGUUAAUGUAAAUACUCUAGUUAUUUCAGGUGCAGCCGUGGUAUCCUCAAUUUCAGUUGCUUUAAAUAGGCUCUAUAGUAACUUUGUAAGUUCUGUAAUCUUUGUGGUCUUUGAAAACCCUUACAACCAGGGAGAUAGAAUUCGAAUCAACAAUGGUCCAAUUAUCACAGUUAAAAAAAUCAAAACAUUUUGCACAAUAUUUUCAACAGUGGAGUCAGUGCCAAUCAUGUACCCUAAUUAUUGGCUGAUUGAUCAAAGUAUAUCAAAUGAAAGUAGGGCACUACAAAGCAGUCAUAUCCUUACCUUCUAUAUGUCAGACUUAACAAGUCCUUUUGUUUUUGAUGCACUCACCAAAUCAAUAAAACAGUAUGCCAAUGAUCGUCCAAGGGAUUUUAUUCCAAACUCAGUUUAUGUGUACAUCCACUCAAUCCAACCAGGUCAUUUCAUCGAAACAAGAGUUUCUUUUUCUAACGUUAAUCCUUCUUUUGAAUGGGAAAAGCUACUGGAAAUCAGAACUCCAUUCUACCUGUUUAUCCUCCAUGCAUUGAGACAGCAUGGAGUUGAAUACUUCCUUCCUGAAAGUCGAGUUCUUUAUAGCACAUGGUCAGAAAGAGGAAAAAGGAAGACAAACCAAGCAUUUAAAGACCCAAAAUCUUUGACUUCUAACACGUUACCUACAAAUAAAAAGCCUUAA